AGCUUGUGGAGCAGGGGGCCAGGGGGAGCCAACAGAGCAAGGAGACAGGGCAUAGCUGGCAGAGCUAAAAAGCACUGGGGUGGAGUCAGCAGAACAGGGACCAAGGGCGAGCAUAAAGUCAGAGUGGAGCCGGCAGAGCAGGGAUCCAGGGCAGAGCAAGGAACGAGGGCAGAGUGGAAAGAGCCUAAGAGCACCAGGGCAGAGCAGAUGUGACUGAAAAGGGAGAAGUGACCGAAGAUGGAGAUGUGACCCAUGGUGGGGCAGACAAAAACCACAGUAGUCCUGAAGGGUCCAAAGAUCCCCACGGUGUCAUGAUUCUGCCCUCGUGUCCUUGAUUUUUCCUAGUCUUGAGGCAGGAUCAUGACAGACCCGUGUUUUGUGUACAAGCACAUGGCCUUGCCUUUGGGCCAUGUGCUUGUGUUGUCUCGUUCCCUUGCCCCGCCCCCCUUGUUAACCUAGUCGUGUCUUGAUUGUCCCAUCUGUGCCACCUGUCGUGUCUUGAUUGUUCCCCCUAUUUAGCUUUCCUAGUGUGCUCUGUCUUGCGUCGGUUCAUUGAGAUUUGUUCCCUAAGAAGUGUCAUUGUGAUUGUACCUCAACUGUGUCCUACAAUUGUGAUUGUGUGUGAGAUUGUGCUGUACCCGCUGAAGUCCUUGUAUUACCGUGAGUGUUUAUGGUUAGUAUUUAGAGUCCUUGUUUAUCUUGUCAGUCCAGUCCUGUUUUAGUUAUUUAGUCUUUACCUUGCUCCUUGUUUUCCCCCUCGUGGGUUUUGUUUUCCCCUUUUUGUAAUAAACCCUUUGUUUGAGAAUCCCUGUCUGCACCUGAGUUCCUCCCUUACCAAACCCUGACAGAAUGAACCGACCAAAAAGGAACUCAGCAGGCAGGAGGUCCCCCGAGCUCCAACAAUUGUUGGAGUUCCGUCGACAGUGUUGGAUGUCGUCCCCCACCGACAGGAAGGGGGUCACCCUCCCAUACUCGCCCGAGGGGGAGUGGAUCCUUCGGAAUUAUGCCCGGCUGUGGGAGAGCAUCUCCCAGGAGGAGCCACAGAGGUCCCCCCCACCUACCCAGCUGCCGGCGAUCCCGGAGGGUCGUGUCCUGGCCGUGGCAACCCUGGGGGAUCAGUUAGGUCCCUCCCAAGAUCCUGAGGCACCUCCCACUACCUUAAGUCUCCCCAACAAGCGAGGGAGACGGUUUUCAUGGGAGUCAACUUCUGAGUCUUCGGCGUCCGAGACUGCCCUGCCCGAGACCAAACUCCCCCAACCCGCCUCUGACCCAGCUGUGGCCUCUGCACCGCGCCCAAGGAGGAAGAGGAGGAAGAGGGGGCCUGCCGGUCCUGUGACCCUGUCUCCUCCCGUGCCAGCAGCGGAGAGCGCUGGCGUGCCCGUGCCAGCAGCGGAUAGCGCUGGCGUGCCCGUGCCAGCAGCGGAGAGCGCUGGCGUGCCCGUGCCAGCAGCGGAGAGCGCUGGCGUGCCCGUGCCAGCAGCGGAGAGCGCUGGCGUGCCCGUGCCAGCAGCGGAGAGCGCUGGCGUGCCCGUGCCAGCAGCGGUGGGCGUGCCCGACCCAGCAGCGGAGAGAGCUGACGUGCCCGUGCCAGCAGCGGUGAGCGCUGGCGUGCCCGUGCCAGCAGCGGAGAGAGCUGGCGUGCCCGUGCCAGCAGCGGUGAGCGCUGGCGUGCCCGAGCCAGCAGCGGUGAGCGUGUCCGAGCCAGCAGCGGUGAGCACUGGCGUGCCCGAGCCGGCAAAGAAGAGGGCAGUAUGCAAGUCGGCAGUCGUGAGAGCGCAGGAGAGUGCCGCGGCCGACUCUGCAGCAAAGACUUUAGUUCAGUGUAUCUCAUCUCGUAAGGAGAUGCCAAUUGUCUUAGCGGCUAAAGCCUUUUCUGAUUAUUUGUCUAGUCUUGUCCGUAUCCUAGAAGUCCCCGUCAGUCCUGUCUUGUCCUCAGACCCUGUCCCCAGAAAUCCCGAGUGUCCUGAUGUCGUCUCCCCGUGUCCCGUAGAUGUCGUCUCCCCGUGUCCCGUGAAUGUUGCCCCGUGUCCCGUAGAUGUCCCGUGUCCAGUAGAUGUUGUCGUCCCGUGUCCAGUAGAUGUUGUCCCCCCGUGUCCAGCUGUCGUCUCCCCGCGUCCCGUAAGUCUCGCCCCGCGUCCCGUAAGUGUUGCCCCGCGUCCCUUGUCUGCUCCUAUCAUGUCCCCUGUCAGUUGUCCCGAGACCCCUCCCCGCCCCUCACCACCCAGACCUGCCCGUACCCCCCGUCGUCAGCCUUCAUCCUGUCCUCCUAAAACUCCUGCCCCACCCACUCACCCUGGUCUGUCCCCCAUGAACUUUGUGGUCCCGCCUCCUCCCCUUCCCUGUUUGUUUUUUUUGAUUUGUCACCCUAACCCUGCCGUCGUGUAUUCAUGUCUGCCUUUGUUAUUAUUUGUCAUGUCUUGUUGGUUUGUGUCGGUGUCCCAGUCUGUCAUGUCAGUCGUGUCCCGUGUUUGAUGUUCCCUUGAGGAGCGUCUGGAAGCCGCUCCUUAAGGGAGGGGUUCUGUCAUGAUUCUGCCCUCGUGUCCUUGAUUUUUCCUAGUCUUGAGGCAGGAUCAUGACAGACCCGUGUUUUGUGUACAAGCACAUGGCCUUGCCUUUGGGCCAUGUGCUUGUGUUGUCUCGUUCCCUUGCCCCGCCCCCCUUGUUAACCUAGUCGUGUCUUGAUUGUCCCAUCUGUGCCACCUGUCGUGUCUUGAUUGUUCCCCCUAUUUAGCUUUCCUAGUGUGCUCUGUCUUGCGUCGGUUCAUUGAGAUUUGUUCCCUAAGAAGUGUCAUUGUGAUUGUACCUCAACUGUGUCCUACAAUUGUGAUUGUGUGUGAGAUUGUGCUGUACCCGCUGAAGUCCUUGUAUUACCGUGAGUGUUUAUGGUUAGUAUUUAGAGUCCUUGUUUAUCUUGUCAGUCCAGUCCUGUUUUAGUUAUUUAGUCUUUACCUUGCUCCGUGUUUUCCCCCUCGUGGGUUUUGUUUUCCCCUUUUUGUAAUAAACCCUUUGUUUGAGAAUCCCUGUCUGCACCUGAGUUCCUCCCUUACCAAACCCUGACACACGGUGGAGCAGACAACCAGCAGGGUGGAGCAGGUGGACCAGACAGAUCAGGGACCCAUGGCAGAGACUAAAACCUAGGGUAAACUAAGACAUAAAACACUGACAAUGUGUUCACAGCCCCAAGGACCAAGGAAUGAAAUGUAAUAGGUUCAUGAUAGGCAUUUAAUACAUGAUAGGCCUCCAUGGCCGAUACUAGACCAACUCGCAGAUCAACAUUGGACAAACUGGCAAGAAAUACAGAUUGUGACCAGACACUUUUGGAAUACUGAACAGGCAGACAGCUCAGCAAUUUGACUCAGUGACUAAAACUAGUAAGAUAGACAGUUAAUAACUAGACAUAUUUGGGUAAC